AUGCCGGAUUACGAGGACAGCGGCCAUUUAGAGUACGGUUCAAGUUAUAUUCCAGAGGAAGCGUUGAGUCGCUACGCAGCUGCAGGCGAGAUGGCCUUUACGAUCGUGGGGGCCACCCAAUACGGGCUAAAAUUAGGCCAGGCCGUCCUUAUUUUGCUGACAGCGCAGGAGCGGCCCAAAAAAAGACUGCGGCGCUGCAAAGCCGGCAAGAAGGAAAGAGAGCAGAGCGAGCGGGACCGCCGGGCGAAAUGGCCAGCAAACGUCAAAUCCCAAAACACUCGGGAAGAGGCUCCAACGCUUCCAAACAAACUCGAGACCGUAUUUUGCCACCCCGAAAAAGGCGAUCGGCGAGCCUUCACCUCCCACGACGCAACGCGAAUACUGCGGCGUAUUCCGAGACGAGUUUUCCAGGCGAACGUGUGUGUUGCUUUGCUAGUGAUGGACCUGGUCUACUGGAGGAGCGCGAGCGGGACCGGCGCGGUGUUCACGGGCUCGGUGCUGUGUCUGGCCAGUCUGUUCCAGCUGAGCGCCGUCACGGUGCUGUCGCACGUUUGUUUGGGCGUCAUGUGCGUCACCUUCCCCCUGCGCCUCUACUACAAGCUGCUGGAGCUGCUGCGCUGCAACCCCGGCCUGCGCCCCUUCCAGUCGUAUCUGGACUACGACGGCUCUCUGACGGACGAGGAGACGGCGAUGCUGGUGGAGGAGCUGGUGCUGCGGCUGGCGUUCGCCGUCACGGAGCUCAAGCGUCUCCUUUUGAUUGACAACGUGACGGACUCGCUCAAGUUUGUUUUGCUGCUGUACUUGCUGACCCACGUGGGCGUCCUCGCCGCCGGCCUGACUCUCGUCAUAACCGCUGUCAUUGCUCUUUUUUCCUUUCCUCUGCUCUACAAAAAACAGCAGGUCAGGAUAAGGAGGAUGGUCAGAGCUUGCAAAACUUUGGAGAAGAAAAUCAAAAGCUGGUGUCUCGGGCUGUGCCACGCAGUCGGAUCGGCUCGCGCGCCGCCGCCGCCAAAAUUGCCCCAAACGUGCCAGCCUCCAAACAGAAAGUGAAGGCAAAGUAAGGAGAGCACGCAGCACGCGUAGACGUGAUGGGGACGGCGACGGCGCUGCCGCCGCAUCCUCCGCCGUGACGUUGCUUUGGUUUGGUUUUUUACAGGCAACAGGUCUAUUUUUACAUUAGCGCAAGCACCGUGUUCCUGUGGAGAUGCAAAAU